UUGCAUUAUUCACUUCACGCCACUUGCUGCUGCUCUCCUCCUGCCUUCCAGAAUUGGCAACUCUCAUUUGGACGCAAAUUUCGCUCCCUCAAACUCUGGUUCGUGAUUCGGAGGUUCGGCGUUAGUGGACUACAGAGUUACAUCCGUGGGCACAUUCGGAUGGCGAAGUACUUGGAGGCGUUGCUGAGAGCGGAUUCGCGAUUUGAAAUUGUGUGCGAUGUUGUGCUGGGACUUGUCUGCUUCCGUGUCAAGGAUGACAACGAGGCGACGAAGGAGUUGAGCAAGGAGAUCGCGGAGGAUGGACGCAUUCAUUUGGUAACAGCCACAGUCACACGUCCAAACAUGGAGGAGGUGUUUGUGAUUCGCGUAGCGAUUGUGCACCUCUUUACGGACGAGGAGAUUUGCCAAUUCGCCUUUGACGUUAUCUGUGAGCUUACGGAGAAGGUAAUGCGUCGGCGUCAAAGCGACUUGACGGCUGGUACGGGAGGAAGUGCGAAUUGCUCUGCGCCGGAUGUGUAG